AUGGGUAAAAUCACAGUAACUGAGACCAAAGGAAAGCAACGCCAUAAUCCCUUGUAUAAGGAUAUUUCCACUCAAGGUGGUAAUUUGAGGUCAACACCUAGGUCUUCGCAGGCGGGAAGUAGAAAAAAUGAAGAAGAAGAGGAGUACCUUGAUGCAAGCACUUCUAGAAAGAUUCUACAGUUAGCGAAAGAACAACAAGAAGAAAUACAAGAGGAAGAGAAUGUUUUCCUAGGCAAGCCAUCAUUUGCAGAUUCAUUUAGAGCACAAGAGAGUGGUGAAGAAAGCGAGGAAGACGUAGAUGAAGAGGAUGAGUUCGAAUUUGAAGAGGAAGAACUAUACGAAGAGCAAGAAAUUGAAGUAGAUGAAAAAGAUGCCGAGUUAUUCAAUAAGUAUUUCCAAAGUAACGGACCAUCCGAACAUGGCGGUGAAUCCUUUAAUUUGGCUGAUAAAAUUAUGGCCAAAAUUCAAGAAAAGGAAAUGAUGAAAGAAAAGGCAUCAAGACCUACGGAUGCGGUUUUGCUACCUCCUAAGGUGAUUGCUGCAUAUGAAAAGAUUGGUAAGAUCUUGUCCACUUAUACUCAUGGAAAGUUACCUAAAUUAUUCAAGGUUUUACCUACUUUGCGUAAUUGGGAAGAUGUCUUAUUCGUAACAAAUCCAGAGCAAUGGACUCCGCAUGCUGUAUAUGAAGCUACCAAAUUAUUUGUAUCCAACUUACAAGCCCCAGAAGCUCAAAAGUUUGUGGAGAGUGUCUUAUUAGAGAGAUUCAGAACAUCUAUUGAAGACUCAGAAGACCAUUCAUUAAACUAUCAUAUUUACCGUGCCUUGAAGAAGUCGUUAUAUAAACCUGCAGCAUUUUUCAAGGGGUUUUUACUUCCUCUCGUUGACUCUUAUUGUUCUGUUAGGGAAGCUACUAUUGCUGCUUCUGUGUUGUCAAAAGUAUCAGUUCCCGUUUUGCAUUCCUCUGUGGCAUUGACUCAAUUAUUACAAAGAGACUUUAAACCAUCAACCACUGUCUUUAUCAGAGUAUUAGUGGAGAAGAAAUAUGCUUUACCAUACCAAACUUUAGACGAAUUGGUAUUUUACUUCAUGAGAUUUAGAAAUGCUGUCCAACAAGAUUCUAUGGAAAUUGAAAUAUCCGAAAAUAGGGAACCUCAGUUGCCAGUAGUGUGGCACAAGGCAUUCUUGGCAUUUGCACAACGCUACAAGAAUGAUAUAACCGAUGACCAGAGAGACUUUUUGUUAGAAACUGUUAGGCAAAGAUUUCAUCACGCCAUUGGACCCGAAAUUCGUAGAGAACUCCUAGCAGGAAAGCCAAGAUUGACGUCGGAAGCACCCAAGAUUGCAAUAAUGCAAGAUGCCUUCUAGGUUUUCAAUAAUUGUUUGUAUAUUAUAUUGGAUAUUUUACUUUAAAAAAAUGAUUUUUGUCUA